AUGAAGUUCCUCACAACAUUGAGUUUCGUCACAGCGGCAUUCGCUGCUAGCCGAACGACUGCGCCCUCUGGAUGCAUCACUGUCAAGAAGUCCCCUGGAAGCGGUCAAUUCGGUACCGUCCAAGCUGCUGUCAACUCUCUCUCAACUACGGCAUCUGGAAAGCAAUGCAUCUUCAUUGACCAGGGUACCUACAAUGAGCAGGUCCUUGUUCCUAGUCGCAGCGCUCAGCUGUCUAUCUACGGUUACACUACCGACACUAGCGGAUACAGCGGCAACAAGGUCACCAUCACAGCAAAGAAGAGCCAGGCUGAUGGUCUGAACAACGAUGGCACAGCUACCCUCCGUGUCAAGGCUGCGAACUUCAAGCUCUACAACGUCAAUGUUGCCAACACUUACGGACAGGGCAGCCAGGCUGUUGCUCUGAGCGCCUAUGCCGAUAGCGGAUACUACGGUGUUGCUCUUACUGGAUUCCAGGAUACCCUUCUUGCCCAGCAGGGCUACCAGCUGUACUCCAAAUGCCUUAUUCAGGGCGCUACCGACUUCAUCUUCGGCCAGACUGCUUCCGCCUGGUUCGAGAAGAUUGACCUACGAGUUGUCGCCGCCUCAGUCGGCUACAUCACUGCCAACGGACGCGACUCUGACUCCAACAUGUCUUACUACGUUUUCAACAACUGCAACAUUGCCGCAGCUGCCGGCAACGCCGUUGCCAACGGCGCAUACUACCUUGGUCGACCUUGGCGCCAGUAUGCCCGUGUUGUCUUCCAGAAGACCAGCAUGAGCUCCGUCAUCAACUCCAAGGGUUGGUCUAUCUGGAACACUGGCGAGGAGAACACUGCCCACGUGCUGUUUGGAGAGUAUGGCAACACUGGUGCUGGUUCUCAGGGUCAGCGCGCCUCUUUUGCCACCAAGCUCUCCAAUGCAGUCUCUAUCUCUACUGUCCUUUCUGGAAACUACGCUUCUAAGGGCUUCUACGAUGCUUCUUAUAUGUAA